UUUAUGCUCUGCGCAAUUAUUUAACAAACCCUAAGCGGCUUCAAACCGUGGUUAAACUGCUUUAUUUUGUGUAUAAAACCGCAGUUUUGUUGAAUGUUUUUUAUUUAUGUUUAUUUUGUUUUAAAAAUACUCAACUUUUAAUUUACACAUACUUACUGUUCAAUAUUUAAUGCUUCGUUAAUAAUUUGAACUGCUUUCUAAGGUUAUCAUCGAGGUUUCACUGUUCAAUCGUUUAUAGAUUUACUCUCAUCAAAACAUGGCUGGAUAUCGAGAUCACAAAUUUUCGGGCUCACGAGAUGAUUAUGAAAAACGAUUGGCUGGCUCAACAACACUCUAUGUUGGUAACCUCUCAUUUCACACCAAAGAGGAGCAAAUUUAUGAAUUGUUUAGUAAAUGUGGUGACAUUAAAAGAGUAAUCCUUGGUUUGAAUCGAAUUACCAAAACACCAUGUGGUUUCUGUUUUAUAGAGUAUUAUGACCGAGAAGAUGCACAUAAUGCUAUUCGUUAUAUUGGUGGAACUCGACUAGAUGAACGUAUCAUAAGAACUGAUUGGGAUGCGGGAUUCAUCGAAGGUCGACAAUAUGGAAGAGGCAAGGCUGGAGGCCAAGUUCGUGAUGAAUAUCGAACUGAUUAUGAUCCAGGCAGAGGGGGCUUUGGAAAAUAUAUAGCCAAAAAACUUGAAGGAAAUCCUGGUCCUUCGGAACCACCGAAAGUUAUGUAAACUUGUGCUGUCAUUAAACUCUAGUUAAGUUCUAGAGAAAGCAUCUCAUUUUGACUAUUACAGAUGAUACACAAUUACAUUCAAGCCCCAAAGAGCUAAAAUUAUCCGAAGAAAAUGAUAAUCAUAUUGUAUCUCCUUUCUCAAAUAGGCGACUAUAUUUCCAUUUUUAUAAACGAAGUUGAUUUAAUUCAACUUUAUCUCCUUUUUUGUAAAUGUGUUUGUAAAUAAAUGACCUAAACAUUAA